AUGAUUACAGUCAGUUACAUCAUUCUUAAGACAUUGAUAAUAUCACUUCUGUGCCUUCGGAUUCUUCUACAAUGUUCACGCAUGAAAAAGAAGAAGAAGACUGCUUCCGAGCCAACGAGCUAUAUUGAAGAGGACACUAAAUUAGAAGAGAAAUAUCUCAGACCAGCUUGGGACAAGGACUUCCCGAACAUUCUGCCACCACCGGUGCAUGUUGCUGAGAAGGAGAACAAAGAAGUGGACGUCGAGCUGGAUAUGGCAGUGGGUGCACCAAAUAUAGAUACGUUUAAGAGCAGUGCAAUAGAAAGCGAUUAUCACCAUAGAGAUGCGGACGCUAGACCUUCGGAAAUACUUGACCCAUUCUUCAUCGAUGACGUCACGCAGGAUGCUACAGAGGAGAAGGAAAAAAAGAAAAAGAAGAGUAAAGAAGGUGUUGGAAAGAGUAAAAGAAGCGAACCAUUGAGAUCAGCAAGGUCAGCGAGGUUGAUGCGGAAAAAGGAAGAAAUGAGAGUAGGAGGUUUGCGAAGUACACCCUCUGAACCAUCGUGCACGCCCCUACACGGUUCCAUACCAGCAAGCGCUAGAGAGACUGAAGUCAAGUCCUCUUCGAAAUUGUCUGGAAAGAAAAUGUCAAAGGAGACACAGCGUAGUGCGAGUAUAUUGAGCAAAUCACUUGAUAAGGACUCAAGCAGAAAGAAGUAA